AUGUCCUCUUCUUCCCGUCAACUCGAGGACCCGGACCUUGCCCCUCCUGCGAAGCGCCUCAAACCGUCAUCGAGUGCUGGAGAUGAACCGUCACCCGAAGUACCCAUUGGCCGCGUCGAAAAGUUUGUUCGUACCGAGGAGAGUGUUGGCAUCACAGAAUUUCUUUGUCCAGAUGCCGUAGGCUUCCAAGGUCUGCUGAAACAGAGGUACACCGAUUUCUUAGUCAACGAGAUCGACAAGGACGGGAACGUCCUAAGACUGAAGUCGCUGAAUGUCGAGAGGAGGCAAGGCAAUGCUCCGACGGCGAACCCGAAGGCCCAAUCAGAGAAGGUACUAGCCGACCCUACAGAGGCCAAUGGAAGCAGGUCUGCAGGUGGUGCAAAGACACCUCAGGGAGAGGAUACGCCACUUGUAGACAGUGGGGAUACAGCAACAUCCGAGGCACCUGUGGUGGUUGAGACACCAAAGCCAUUCGAGCUUGGGGACGCGGAUUCAGCUCUUCUCAUAUCUUGGCUCGGGCCAGCGGUCGUGUCUAGUCUUGUCAAGCUUUACAAUGAUAUCUUAGCUAUUGAGCGGGAGAUCAGGCCGAACUACAAGAUUGUCACCCCAGAAACCAAACUUAAAUCACCAAAACCGAUUGAUGAUAAGGACGCACGGUCUCAGCUACAUCGCACCAUCCGUAACUUGUUUUCCGGAAAAAUCCAGACGGCAACAACCGACGAGUAUGAGAUCGAUUUCUGGGCGACCAAAAUAAGUGGUGCAAAGCCAAAUAACCAGGAUGGAAGGAAGAAGGAACGCUUACCCAUGGAGUCUUGGGACUCCCUUGGCGGGGAGUUCUUGCAUUUUAAUCUCUAUAAAGAGAACAAGGAUACUAUGGAAUGCCUAAAUCUCCUUGGAAAAUUCUUGAGGACGAGUCCAAAGUCCUUCUCAUUCGCUGGUACUAAAGACCGUCGGGCAGUCACAGUCCAGAGAGUUUCAGUACACAAAUUAAAGGCCGAUAAGAUCGAAGCUAUAAAUAAAAAGCUGAAAGGGCUCAAAGCUGGUGAUUUUGAAUACAAAAACUAUGGUCUGGAUCUUGGCGACUUAACGGGGAAUGAGUUCACCAUCUCUCUAAGGGAUUGCGUAUUUCCAGAAGGAUCAGAUAUGACUAAAGUGAUCCAAGAGAGCGUUUCCUCCCUUCGUGAAAAGGGUUAUAUCAAUUACUAUGGCCUGCAGCGGUUCGGAACCUUUUCGAUUAGUACGCACGAAAUCGGCAAAUCAAUGCUUCUAGGGGACUGGAGGACAGCUGUGUACCAAGCUAUGGCUUAUGAUGACCAGUCAUUGGAAACAGCUCCUCCAGAUGAAAGGCAAAGAGCCGCAGCCUGCAGGCUAUGGUUUGAGGAUACAUCAUCAGUCAGCAAGGCCGCCGAGGCGCGAAAGCUCAUGCCUGGUAAAUUUGUUUCCGAAAAUGCAAUCUUAAGUUGGUUGAGUAAACCAAACACGGUCAACGACUACCUCGGUGCUCUGCAGAAGAUACCGAGAAAUUUGCGGCUAAUGUUCGUCCACGCUUACCAGAGCUAUGUCUGGAAUACCAUCGUCAGCGAAAGAUUGAAGAAGUACGGGACUACAAUUAGAGCGGGUGAUCUAGUGGUUAUUUCUGCUGAAGAGGCUGCCGCUUCGAACCCGGUUGCCGAUCCGCAUGAAGAGGAAUUUGCACAAGAAGCAAAUGAAGAAAAAUUCGUUCGCGCGAGGCCAGUGACAGAGGAGGAGGUGGCGUCCGGAAAGUUCACGAUAUACGAUGUUGUUCUUCCUUCACCAGGUUGGGACGUCACAUAUCCUCAGAAUGAUCUUCGGGAUCUCUAUGCCGAUAUCAUGGGCCAAGAUGGAUUGGAUCCUUUCAAUAUGAUUCGAAAUCAAAAGGAGCUCAGCAUGGCAGGGCACUAUCGUCGUCUCCUCUAUAAGCCUGAGAGAGUUGAAUGGGAGAUCAAGCGAUAUGAAGAUCCAAACGACCAACUAGUCGAGACAGAUCUGAUGUAUGUCCAGCGACAGCGGUCGGGGGGUAAGGGGAAGGCUUUGUCAACCGACGAGGGUUUGAUCCAUGAGGCAGUGAAUAACCCAACAGGGUCAAGAAUUGCGGUUAUUGUCAAAUUGACACUGGGGACUAGUCAGUAUGCCACAAUGGCCUUGAGAGAGUUGACAAAAGGUGGCAUUCUAUCUCAGCCUGUCCAAGCUCCGAAGAAAGACCAGCCAGACUCUGAUGUUAAAAUGCAGGGAUCUUAG